GGAGGCUGCGCUGGUGCACCGCGCCGUUCCAGUCCCGUUCCGUUCCGUUCCGUUCCCCGCGCGCCUCGCUGUCGGCUGCUGCGGGACGGGCCGUGGCUGCCAUGCUGCUCCGCGCCGCCGGCUGCUGGCGUGCCGCCGCCUCCCGGCCCGGCCCCGUUUGGCUGCGGGGUGCGGAGCACCGUGGGCUCCCGCUUGCCAGCCGCCGUCUGGGCCUGCCCCUGCCUCUGCCUCUGGCCGCGGGGGGACGGCGGCUGCGGAGCGGCUGCGGGGCGCUCCCCGAGGUUGCAUCUUUUCAAGGGGUAGCAGUUCGCAGCCUCAGCACAUCUGCCCCUUCUGACCACCCAGAACAUGGAAGAUUGGUUUAUAAAGGAAACUUAGCAAAAGCAGUGUUAGGUGUGAGAUUUUUUUCCUACUCCACCAGCAUAUUCAACCUGUUCAUGGCACCCUACCUCAUGCUGAAAACUGGUAUUGGAUUUGACAGCCUGUUUCUACAAGCUGCAUUUUAUGGGUUGAUAGGGUUUUUUACAUUUGUUACUCCAGUUACUUUGCAUAUCCUUACAAAGGGCUAUGUAAUUCGACUCUAUUAUAAAGAGGAAAUGGACACAUACACGGCUAUUACAUACAAUGCAAUCUUGGCAGAAAAAGCAACUGUCUUCCAUCAGAAAGAUGUAAAGAUUCCAGACAUCACCAAGAUGUUUACAACAUUUUAUGCUAAAACUAAAUCAAUGCUUGUUAAUCCAACGCUUUUCCCGGAUCCUCAGGAUUAUAACCGUCUCAUGGGCUAUGACAAAGCCUUUUGUUUUGAUUUUGAGGAGGAAGAGAAAGAUGGUGAAAGUAAAUAAUUUGAAGAUAAGGAAUGUCACUUACCGUUCAUUGUGCACUACUAUAAAUGUGAAAGAAUGUUAAACUGUAUUACGGUUUCUAAAGUAUCAGGUAACAUUAGAGUUGCUCAAAUUUUGGAAUGUACUGAAUUUUUGUUUUAAACCUGUAAACAAUAUGUAGAGCUUUUAAAGAGUUAACAACACAAAAUACACAAAAAAUGCUUCUGUUUUUCUUGUGCUUGUUCUUGGUUUAUUUUUUGUUAACUAACCAGGAGAACUGUAACAUGCAUGGACUGUGCUGCAAACUCACCAGCUCUGCUUUAAAAGGAACUGUUGAUAUAAAAAAAAUCUGGGAUGUUCAUUACCUGUCAAGCACAUUGUUAAGUUUUUUAAGAUUAGAGACAAACUACUUAACACAGAAAGGUCGGGCUUCUUUUAACAGAUACUACUCUUCAUCCCAUGAGAGUAGGGUUGGCCUUCACUUCAAAAGGCAGGCAGGUAUUACUGCUAACUCCUCUUGUAAUUUCCUUUUAGAGGUCUGUGGGUCUCUAGAAAAGAUGGACAGAAUAGGUGGAUCACAGCAAUCUCUAUUCACAGCUACUGAAAUGGUUUCCUGAGAUAGAAUCACACUCCCAAGCAGCUCUAUUCCCAGAGAUGGAAAAGAAGUAAGAGCUGUACUGUGAAAAUCUUGCUAAGACAAAUAUUUGUACCAAUUUAAAGCACCAGCAUCUAGUGGUUUAAAUGGAUUCUUUUGGCAUUUAUGAAAGCCAGGGAAACAAAAGGGAAUCUUUACAGAGUACUGUUUAGAGCUUGUGCCUUUAAAAAAUAUACCUCUUGAUAUUUAACUCUGCAAAGAAAGUCACAUUUAGUUCAAGUAAAGAGUAUAAGAUCUUCACAUGUGACUAGGUUGCUUAUAUUAGUUCUGCACUCUGAAUAUGUGGAAAUUGGAUUUAAAUGUUUUUAAACCAAGCAGAGGUUUGUCACAUGAGACUUGUGUACAGAUACAGAUACAUUACUUGUGUACAAGUAAUGAUGGUCCUGAAUAUUUUGAAGCUUAAAAAAUCACUGAAUUAGAAAAGAGUAGGUGCAGAAUUCAAAUUGAUUCUUUCAUGUUAGCAGCGUUAUGUUGAAAAGCCUGAUCUAUCUCUGUUAAGCCAAUAUCACUGGGUAAGUAAGCAGUGAUAUAUUUUUGUAUGUUUAGUGCAUUAUACUGAAGGCAGGGGGCCAGUAAUAAGCAGUUGUAAUCACAUGGUUAUGGUACUUGUUAUUGUUGAAGUCAUGUUUUACACCAAAUUAAACAUUUGUCCAUUGUUUUCGUGUCAAA